UAGAAAACUUGUCUUUUACGACGCGCAAAUUACGGCGUGCAUGGAAUGCAUGCCGUAAAAGAUUGUCUUUUACGGCGUUUUUUUUUGUGCGCUGUGAAAAACUUCUCUUUCUGAUCUUUUACGGCGUGCAUUUCGUGUGCGCCGUAAAUGCUACAUUUCAUUUACGGCGCAUAUUUUAUGUGCGCCGUAAAAGACUUAUUUUCUGAUCUUUUACGGCGUGUUUUUAUUGUGCGCCGUAAAAAAAAUUACAUUAUAUUUACGACAUGCUUCUAUGUGUGCCGUAAAAGACCUUCCAAUUUUUUCUUUUACGGCGCAUUUUUCAUGCGCGUCGUAAAUGCCAAAAAGAGUUCGAAACCCCGCUAUUAUUUUAGCUCAAAUUCUAAUUUCCCUCCUUUUGAAGUUUGCUAUCAAAUACCAAGGGAUUGAGCCGAGAAAAGAAAUUAAAAAAAACUCUCCCAAAGCCUGUCUCUCUCGUCCUCCCUCUCUAUAUAUCCAUCAUAGCAAACACUCUUUCUCUCUCUUAGAACUUGGGAAACAAAAUGGGUCAGGGAACUCCAGGCGGUUUGAACUGGCAAGGCCUACCGGGCAACCGAAAGCCCAACGGCAACGACAAGAAGGAGAAGAAGUUCGAGCCGGCGGCGGAGCCCGAGUGGGCCGCAAGCAGCGGAAACAGAAGGGUCCAGAAGCGGCGGCGAGGCUUCCGACGGUGACGCCGCUGACCAAGUGCAAGCUCCGGCUACUGAAGCUGGAGCGGAUUAAGGAUUACCUGCUUAUGGAGGAGAAGUUUGUGACGAACCAGGAGCGGCUGAAGCCUGAGGAGGAGAAGGCCAAGGAGGACAGAUCUAAGGUCGACGAUCUACGUGCCUCGCCCAUGAGCGUCGGCAAUCUGGAGGAGCUGAUCGACGAGAACCACGCGAUUGUUUCGUCGUCGGUGGAGCCCGAGUACUAUGUGGGGUCCUCUCCUUUGUCGAUAAGGACCAGUUGGAGCCUGGGUGCGCCAUUUUGAUGCACAAUAAGGUAAUUGGGGUUUUGGGCUUGGAGGGUUUUUGAUUGAGUUGAGGUGAUUUGGUUGGUGAUGCUUUGUUUUGUGUGUUUUGGAUUGUGGUGGAAUUGAGAUUGGUUUAUGGAAAUGAGUUGUGGUGCAGUCGGUGAGCGAAGAUGUGAGUUGGGUUUUUGGUGGAAUUGAGAUUGGUUUAUGGAAAUGAUUUGAGAUUUUGAUUACUGGGUUUGUUAUGGUUUUUGCAGCUUAAUCUUGGUGUGGAUGAGAGUAUACUCUGUUUGUAUUGAAGAAAGAUGGGAAAGCUAUUGUUGGGGAGGCCACCAUUGAGGUCCAAGGUCAUAAUUAUGGAUGCUGAUGGUACUCGUUCCAAAGCAAUUGCAAGAUCCUUGAGAAAGCUGGGGCUUAAGAUGCCUUACUUGCUUCAAGGUGGCUUUCGAUCUUGGGUGAAAGAUGGUCUUCGAAUUAAAGAACUCAAACCUGAGACAACACUUACCAUACUCAAUGAGACUUUAUUUGUAGCUGGACACUUUAUUUACAGGGCAUACAUAGGAUCUAUACAAAUCUUGCGAUGCAAACAGCUUUAUUUCCCAACAAUCUGCUGCAGAAAAGUUCUCCAGAUUUGAUGUAGUAUUUCGGAUUUUGAUGAACUUUCGGAGCAAGGUUUGGGUUUGUUUCGGAAAAGCUUGCUGCUAGAAUUUUGAUCGACUUCGGGAGAAACAUUUCAAUUGUUGUUCUUUCCGCAGCAACCCGCGGGUACGUUUUCUAGUUAAGAGACUAUAUAUGGCGUGGUCAUGAUCCUACCUCUGUUGCAGUCAUGACUGAGGAUGGCGCUGCUGUAGCUGGUCUUGCUAUUGCUGCAGCAUCAUUGGUUGCUGUAAAUGUCACAGGAAAUGGAAUUUACGAUCCUAUAGGUUCCAUUGUAGUUGGCAACCUUCUUGGAAUGGUGGCUAUCUUUCUGAUACAAAGGAAUCGACAUGCUUUAAUUGGUAGGGCAAUGGAUGACUAUGAUGUAGAGAAGGUUCUUCAGUUCUUGAAAAAUGACCUGGUUGUCGAUUCUUUCCUUUUAUUUGUUUUGCACGUGGUGCAUUCUUGGUUUUCCUUUUGCUGUUGGCAUAUUAAUUUACAUUUUGUUAUGUGAUAUUGCAGUUUGUUAUCUCUCUUUUCA